AUAGUUAGUUGAUUAACAUAUUCUGAGAUUGAACAUUUUCAGCCACCAACCCUCUCUCCUUUCAUUCAUUUCCUUCAUCUGCAGGUACUCAGUAAUAUUCCUGCACCUCCCAUCAUGCCCUUUGAUCCUAAAAUAUAGCAGCCUUCGUCCUCUGAUGGGUUUUUGAUAAAGCGACCGUUUUUGUCACUGGAUUUAGAAAACAGCUAGUUCCCAUGGAGGGGUUGGUGAGUUCUGGGAUUAACACCAUUCGUGUUUUUGGUGUUACAAAGCACCAAUCUCGUUUCCUUCCUUCAUCAACGCUUCAUCUGAGGAGUGAUAGAGUGUGUGGAAUUGGAAUUGGGGUUGAGGAGAAGAAGAAGAAGCCGUGUUUCGUUAUGGCUGCAUCUGUUGGGGGCUCCAAAGUAGGCCAUUUUGAGAACACACUCCCAUCCAAAGAGGUUCUUGAGCUUUGGAGAAAGGGUGAUGCUGUUUGCUUCGAUGUGGAUAGCACUGUGUGUUUGGAUGAAGGGAUUGAUGAGCUUGCUGAGUUCUGUGGGGCUGGAAAGGCUGUUGCAGAGUGGACUGCUAGAGCGAUGGGUGGUUCUGUUCCGUUUGAGGAAGCCUUGGCUGCUAGGCUGUCUUUGUUCAACCCCUCUUGGUCUCAACUUCAGAAUUUUCUCAAGCAAAAGCCACCAAGGCUUUCCCCUGGCAUAGAAGAGUUAGUCCAGAAGCUAAAGGCUAAUGGCAUUGCUGUUUAUCUUGUCUCUGGUGGCUUCCGUCAAAUGAUCAUUCCUGUUGCAUCAAUACUUGGAAUUCCAGAAAACCAUAUUUUUGCCAAUAACCUACUCUUUAAGAGCUCUGGAGAAUUUCUGGGGUUCGAUACAAGAGAGCCUACUUCAAGGAGUGGAGGAAAAGCUGUUGCUGUCCAACAGAUCAAGAAGACUCGUGGUUUCAAAACUUUAACCAUGGUGGGGGAUGGUGCUACUGAUAUGGAGGCUCGUCAACCAGGUGGUGCUGACUUGUUCAUUUGCUAUGCUGGUGUUCAACUUCGAGAAUCUGUUGCUGUGAAAGCUGAUUGGCUAGUUUUUAAUUUUGAAGACCUUAUAAAUUUGUUGGGGUAAUUUUUUUUUGGAAAAUGAUAUUUUAACGCCAUUUUUUUUUUACACCAUUUUAACACUGCAU